UGGCGGCGUGAUCCUGCGGGCCGGUGUCGCGUGGUCGCUGCUGCCUUCCGGUGAGGAGUUGCCGCCGCCGCCGCCGCUCCACGCUUAGGUGUCGGCGGGCGCGCGGGGUGCUCGUGGCCGCAGCCCGGUGUUCGCGCACCGGUUCUGGUCCCUCCGGCGCGCCGUCGGCGAGCGUCGCAUGCUCAGCGCCCGGGAGCAGCGCGGCAGCGCGCAGGGCCCGGGUCCCGGCAGCGGCGGCAGCAGGUGAGAUCCGAGCCCACCGGGGAUCCACGUCCAUCGGAGAGGCGAGCGAGCUCGUCCGUCCGUCCGUCCGUCCGUCCGUCCAUUCGUCCGUCCAUUCGCCGGGUGCAGAGGGGCGUCUCCUGCCCGCUGGCCGCCCGGCGCGGGAAGCUUUACAUCGGCCGAUGCAGCAGGGUUGCGGUCUGCCGGAGACGAGCCGGGUCAGGACUCCUCACUGUGCUUGAUUCUCCCUUAAUCUCCCUUGAUUAAUCUCAAGCGCCUCGGAGGCUCCUGCCCCGGCAUCCUGCCCCUGUGCUUGUCUCUCCCUUUGCCCUCGUUUCAGCUAUAGCAGAGUUAAUUCUCUUCCUGCGAUCUGGUGCGGUGCUGUGUUUCGGCUUUACUCUGAGGAUAACGCUUGUAACGCACCGAUGUUUCAGUUGUUGCUCAGUCGCGCUUACCCCGAGCAAAGACUUCUCAGUCCCUCGUGCUCUGCCAAUGAGGAGGGGCACAAGAAGGCGGGAGGGAGCAGAGACAGGACACCGGACCUGAACCAGCCAAAGGCGUAUUCCAUACAUCCCACAGCACGUCGUGCUCGGUCUAGAAACUGAGGGGAAGUUACCCGGAGGGUCCUUAAUUCAUACUGCAUCUUCAUUUAUAGGGAAAGGGCGAAGAUGGAAAUACCCGUUUAGAAACUAGCUAAGGAAUUCUCUGUUUUUCGCUUCCAUUCUAAAAUUGCAGUUAUUUUGGAAAUGAGAGUGUUUACCGUGGCUUUCAGAUGCUCAAAGACCUGGAGACUGAAAUUCUCUCUCUAUGAAAUCAGUAAGGUCUGCAGCAGCAGCAGGGCUAAUUGCCCUCCUUUUGUUCUGCAAGUAGACUUGAUGUGUUGUGCCCUGGUGGACCCCAGCUAAUCACAGCUUUUCUGUUGAGACUUUCAGCAAGGGUUUCAGUUGCUGUUGCUGCUCUCCUGGUUUCUGCCGGUUUGGACACCUGUCUUGCUACAAUAAAGUCAUUAGGUUUCUUCAUAAAUACUUAUAUUGUAAUGCAGAGACACCGUUGUGAGGGAGCUGAUCCAGAUCUCGAUCUGUGUUGCAAGGUGCUGGUAGCAGGAGAUGUAUCAAGUUACCAGACUGGGUGGCUUUAGGGCUUCUCUAGUUUAUGCUAAAUCAUUUAAGUCUCAGCCUGUUGAGAACAGGCAGAAUCUUUAUUUGCUCUGCUGCUGAUUUGCCCUGAAGCUGAAGGCUUUAGAUCUAGGAGCAGUUGAGUAGGAGCUUGUUCACAUAAUUUUAUGCCAUGAAAAUUAUGCUGUCUAAAAAUUAAACGGAGUUUCUCUCAUUAAAGCUCUACAAAUGCCCUUUAAAUCCUAGUGCUUUUAAUGUAUGAGAUAGCUAUGGAUGGCCCAGUACACAGCCUAUGCAUACAGCACCCUACAGUACAAAAUAUGUAUGACCUUAUUGGUCACUCCGUAUGGCUAAAAAUGAGUGUAGUAUCACAAGAAGUUAUUUGAGAAUGAGUUGAAAAUGUUCCAGGACUUGUUUCUGGGGAAGUCUCUCAUUUCUAGAUUGUCCUGGUGCUCUGAGGCCAGGCUCCUGGCUGUGUGUUGUCUGUGCAGGUGUCUAGCAGACUUCUUGCUUUGUCACAGAGUCGCGUCCUGCACUGAAGUGACUCUUAGUUACUGUUGUAGCUCAGCACAGGGCCUCGCUAAUGGCUGCAGUCGCUGUGAGUGCUGGUUUUCAUACGUAUGGUUUUUUGCAGGGGAUUGUCUCUUCUGUGAAACACUUGCAUGGGAUUUCUACAUUAAAAAAAUACACAACUGUUUUGUUUUCCCCUUUAUUUGCCUGCGAUGACCAGGAAGAAGAAGAAGAAUGCCUAGCAGAGAUGGGUAAAGAAGAGCAGGGGAAAGAAGCGAGACCAGAAAAGCAGUGUGGAAGAUGCCAGUGAAGAGCAGGGAGAAGAGACGCAGCAGUCUCCAGCUCAGGCAGAAACUGCCCCUCCCAGAGCAGAGUCCCAGAAAAAGGAAGAAGGCAAGAAGUUGGAGUCUCGGGAUCCCAAAGGAAAUAGAGAAACUGCAAAAGUGGAAGAACCGUCCAAAAGUUCCGGUGACAGCACAGUUACCGAAACGGAGGAACGGAAGAAGAUCAAAGCACCCAAGAAGCAGAAGCUUGUCUGGGAGAUCCCUGUGGAACUGGGUGUAAAUGAUGUGCCUGACCUGCUGGAGGAUGAACUGAAGAGCUCGAUGAAAAAGGAUGUUUGAAAUGGCUCUGCCAGGUUAAAGCUCCAGACUUGAUGAUCGGAGAUCUAGAGAAACAGAAAAGAGAGAAAUCGGCCAACAGCUUGGAGUCAUUCAUCUUUAAGACCCAGGAGAAGCUUUACCAAGAGGAGCAUCGGUUUGUCUCAGCGGGGGAGCAGAGAGAAGACGUUUCCAGAAAGCUUAGCGAGGCUUCCAGCUGGAUGGAGGAGAGCUCUGCAGCUGCAACUAAGCUGGACGUCAACUGCCACCGUUUCCCCAUGGACACCCUUUAUUUUGCCAUGGAAGGACAAAACAGAGGGAAGAAUCCAUCGUGGUCUGCGAUGCAUGACAUUUCGUGAUGCUCAACAUGCUGUGGUGGCCCAAAACUACUCCAAACCCCUGAUUCUGGGUCUGCAAGGCGGUGUGGGGGAAUCUGCAGAAUUUUUGGGGGAGAAAAACGUGUUUGGGAUUUAUGUGG